AUGGCGACGAUUCUCUACAAUCAACUCUUCGUCAUCCCCUCUCUCCCCACUCCUCCCUUGCCCUUCCACAACCGCACCGUCAUCAUAACAGGCGCCAACACCGGUCUCGGCCUAGCAGCAGCCCAUCACAUCGCCUCCGGCCCCAUAGGCAAACUCAUCCUCGCCGUCCGCAACCUCUCCGCUGGUGAAUCUGCCCGUGCAGAGAUCCUCGAUGCCCAUCCCAACUGUGACCCUCAAACCAUCGAGGUCUGGCCCCUAGAUCUGGCCUCCUACGACUCCGUCCGCGCCUUCGCUACCCGCGCAAUCACUACACUCGACCGUCUUGAUGUCCUUCUCUGCAACGCGGGUCUCGCAACGUUUCAGUACUCCAAGGCAGAGGGCCAUGAGCGCACUAUCACGGUCAACGUGAUUUCGACGUUUCUGUUAGCGAUGCUACUAGUGCCGAAGUUGAGGGAGACGAGGAGGCUAUGUCAACAGAAGGGAGAAGAAGGACACACUCCUGUGUUGUCGGUAGUGGCGAGCGAGGUCCAUGCAUUCACCAAGUUUCCUGAGAGGAAUGCGCCCACGGAGAAAGGGGUGAGUGUGUUUGAGGCGCUGGAUGAGCCGGAUCGGUACUAUGGGACGAUGGCAGAGCGGUACCGCACGUCGAAGUUAUUGGAUGUGUUGUUGACGAGGGAGUUGGCGGAUCGUAUCGGGGAUGAUGAUAUCGUGGUGAAUUGCCUGAAUCCGGGACUUUGUCGGUCGCAGUUAUCCAGGGAGAUGGAUAAUGUGGUCGUUAGGAUUGUAUUGCGGUUGUUGGGGAGGACGUUGGAAGUGGGGAGCAGGACGUUGGUGGCGGCUGCGGCGGCGGGGAGGGAAAGUCAUGGACAAUAUAUGUCGAAUGGAGUGGUGUGUCCGCGGGAAUUAUCGUCGUUUGUGACGAGUGAGGAGGGGAAGAGGACGCAGAAAAGGGUGUGGGACGAGUUGAGCGAUAUUUUGGAGGUGAUUCAGCCGGGGAUUAUGCGCGGAGUGGUGUAG